CUAUGGUCUUAUAUACAUCUCAGUAUCAUAUCUCAACUCGCACUGGGUCGACGCUCACUUUGGACUAGCUCUCGGAGCCCGGAGCUCUGCCCCUAGUGACCCGUUAAGCAGACUUUUCGGAUCCAUGACGCCGCAAAACUCACUCGCACCAUGCCGACAUUUCCCUCACCAUACAAACAGUCUGGAGGCACGCCCGGCGGUCGACAGUCAGGGUCCCCUAUUCCUCCACCUCCUCCUCCCAAACCCAUCGACCUGAACAGUUCCACAAGAUCGACCGACAAGGAGACGGGCAGCAAGAUAACCAGGAGAGCCUUUUUAUGCGAUUUGGUGGUCGAACAUGAAGGGGAAGAAACGGCAAAUCUCUUGCCAUAUCUUGGCGAGUCUCUGGCGACGCCUUCUCUAAUUGCUGGACCAUCCCGUACGAAUACGCCUUCGAAACGGUCGACAAAUCUGAACGAAAAUGAGCCCACUGCGCCGUGGUCAAAGGAGAAGCAAUUGGAGAUGUCCACAAGGCUGAAGAACCUCAUCGAGGAGCUAGUGAGGACGGAGCGGAGCUAUCUAUCGCGGAUUGAGGCGCUCAAGAAGAGCUAUGCAGAUCCGCUGCGCAAUUUUGCGAGACAGGAGUAUAGCAAGAUCAUCCCCAUGUACGAAGCCAAGACCCUUUUCAACAAUAUAGAUGCAAUCAUCCUCGCAUCCAUUGCUUUUACUAAGGAUCUCGAAGCCAUGUUCGCAGCUGGAGAGGGUCCGGAUCAGGUUGGGACGAUCUGUCUGCAUCAUCUCAGAGAAUUGAAGACGUUCGAGCCAUAUCGCUCAUAUCUCAGCAAACAGGAUGAAUCACAAAGGAUGUUCCAGGAUGUGCUCAAGAAGUACAGUAGCUUCAAUUCGUUCAUCGAGCGGACGAAAUACCAGACAACAGGCAUAGGAAAUAUCGGCUUGCGAGAAUUGCUCAUGGAGCCUGUACAGCGCAUACCACGGUACACCCUUCUUUGGCAAACCAUGGUGAAGUGCCUGCCAGCCUUCUCCGAGCAGAAAUCGAAAUUGUUAGAGAGCAUAGAGAUCGCCUCGAGGAUCGCCCGAUGCGAGCCCGAUCCUCAGACGGUUCGAGCUACAGUGAUGUACUGUCUGGAGAGGAAUGUGGAUGGCUUUCCAGCAAAUCUAUUCUCCAGUAAUCGAGAUUACCUUGACUCCAUCGAUGUGGAUGACGUCCCGCAUGAGCCCCAGCAGGCUACAUCUCCGGGGUCUCGUCGGCUUUCUUCUAUAACUUCGCCAUCCACAUCAACUCCCUCUCUUGUAUCACUUGGAUCCGGGAGCUCGAGUGCUCACCUCCCAGUGUCCCCAAAUAACCUGCCAAAUGCGCCAUCCAUACCUUGCACGUUGUUCCUAUUCGAUGACAAGAUCAUGGUCGUGAAACGGCAAGCGAGUGCUCUCAGUGGAAGGAAAAUCACGGGACUGGAUGACGUGCAAGCUUUGGUGCGCAGUGGUGGGGGCGUAGCGGUGCUAGACAAGCAGACUGCCAAAAAGGACAAGCUCAGCUUUCGAGGCAUAGUGGACGUAUCGGAUGUCGUGGCGGUCGACGCGGGAAGCGGGGACUUUCAACUCUUCUUGGAACGUCCGCCAGUGGGCUUUGGUGAAAAAUGGUCCGGCCGACCCCUCAGACUGUACUCAACCGUUCAACCCCCCUUUGGGGUUGGCCUGGAUCCAGUCGCUUGCCGUCAGGACAAGCUGAGAUUUCUGGAGAACCUCUGGUCUGCUCAGGCCAGAGCGAGAACGAAAGUGUUACCCUCCGAUUCCGAUGCGAAGGCGCCGUCGCAGAUAUUGGCCCAAAAGGGAGAGACUGGUCUCGACAACGCUGGCGAGCCUUUCAGCCGCGCCAGGCUGUACUGGAAUGUAUGGAAGAGAAGAGACUGGAUCAUGUCGAAAAAGGCACGAGUUGUGGUGCACAUUGAUGAGGGAAGUGAAUCUGCAGAUCUUCCACUGUCAAACGACAUGAACCCGCUCUUGGCCAUUCGCCUUCAGCCGCUUCCGGGUGGACUAUGUCGCAUGUCCGUCUCCACUGCUGAGGAUGAGGAGACAGAUCGCUUGAUGGUAUCCAUGCAAGAUGUCAUGGGUCAUAUGGCCACCAUCAUCCAUCAAUACGGGAUCUUCAAGAUACGUGCAGCCAAUGCGUCAGCGCCCACCACCCCCGGAGGAAGCGCUCAACGAUUCCGUCCCUCUCUACUCAACCUCGACACCAUUUCCCGCAACCUGUUCGGCGGCAACAAUCCUCCUGGACGAAGCCAGAGCUCUCAUUCCGAUCACUUUGGAACCAGCAGCUCCAGGCGAUCCAAAUCCGUCAUGAGUCGAUCAUCCACGCAGAGCAGUGGCGCUCACCGACACACGCAGAGCCUUGGCUCAGCCCUGGGUAGCGAUGGUCUGCCCUUGAAGCGGACCCCCAGCAGUCAAUCGCAGACCUCUCAGAGUCGCCUGGGUGCACCAUAUGGCAGCAAUGACCCAAGUCUUGGUCAGAGCGAGAUUGACCUCAACGAGCGUCUGAAUCUUGCUCGCAAGAACAGCAAGUCGAUGGCAGCCCUGAGUCCCAAACCUUCGCUCCGACUUGCAGCGAAGAGUGUUGGCGAAUUGAGACACCGUCACGAUCAGACACAGGAUCUCAAAAGGCGGCAUAGCAGCAACCUGGACAGGGCUAUCGAAGCGGAGAGUGCCCUUCGAGAGGCCAUACGUUCGGGAUCGCCAUCUCCUCUAUCCCCAUCGUCAGGUCCGCAGACCCCUCUCUCUCCCACUGCUCCUCUCCGAACACGCAAGACGCCAUCGCCAAGUCGGGCUCUGUCAGAGGACACACCGAAGCCAAAGCGAGUCGUCGACGGCUUGUUCGAGUCGACCCCGACCCUUGACGCAAUCAUCGCUGCCACCGUCAUGUCUCCCCAAGCAUCUGGGCAAGGAACCAGCGGUCAUAUUCGAAGUGCAGCUACGCACGAACACAUCUCCUCUGCUUCAGUAUCUAGCCACCUCCGCAGUCCAGAAUCGUAUGAACCGAUCAGAAGCCCGCCACUCGAUCGUAUGACGAGUCCGCCUCCCAGACCAGCCUCCAUCCCGAUACCGGCAUCGCCGAGACCCAUGGGUCCUCGAUCACCGACAAUGCGAAAUACCCCUGCUGUCUACCCGGGUCUCGGCUCGGGUCACACAUCAUUGCGUGUAGUGUCAGGUAAUGGUCGCAAGGUCACUCCUGGACGGACGACAUUACCGCUUAAAGAAGACGAUUCGCCCCUUCGUGGUCGGACUGUGUCGGGCACAUCGGUCAAACGACAACACUCUGCUGACCAGAUGUCACCACGGAAGCGCAGCCCAUCAAAGAGUCCACUUGAUCACGCCGACCGCGUCGAUAUCGUACCCGAUCCUCUGCCUGUACCUCCCCUUUCGGCAAAGAAGAGCGUCAGCCGGAAGACGCCUACUCGGAACGACUCUCGCCGCUCAAGUGGACCUCUGACGCCUAUGAGGCGAGUCUCGUCCGCAGGGUCUGGCAGUAUUACUUCGCAGAAACUGAAUCCGAAUAACGAGGUCACUGCCGAGCAUCCGCAUGCCCCAGCUGCUGUCGAUGCGACACGCCGAAAUAUCCACGAUGCUCGUGCUGCAAGCAAGAAGUUGCGAGCGGAGAUCCACACGUUGAGGAAGAUGCUUCGGAAUGAUCCCAUGACACCGAUUCCUACCUGGGUAGCGGAUCGAAACGCAUCAUUGCCGAGAUCGCCACACCGACGUAACAUCCAGCGACUGGCAGACAAGUCUCAUCUUGCUGAUGCCGAGAACACUCCCGAACUGAACCGCCAUGAACUUGACGAGAUAGCUCAGAGCAUCUCCUCGCUUGCCCAUCGCCUGGAAGAUGUGUUGAAAGUUGCGUCAAAUGACGGGGAACAGGCUUCAAGCCUUGUCGGGAGACUUUUGCAUGACAACACCCAAAUGUUCCGAGACAUUGAAAUUCUCCGGGCACAAGUGACGCGGAAAAAGGAGACGUGUGAUCAGCUCAAGGCGCAGCUGGCGGAUGCACAGGUUGAGGUGGAUGUAAUCUACGAGGCGUUCAAUACUGAGCUCGAUGGGAUGUUCAACGACGUGUCACUGCCAUCGACCGAGGCGUUUGAAGCGAUGCGCUUAGAUCUUCAGGAUACAAAGGCGAGACGGAAUGAGCUGGCCUUGGAGAACAUGAAGUUGAAGCGGGAGCUUGAGGAAGCCAAGCUGAAGCGAGACCAAUGGGCGAGGAUGUUGAAGCAGCAGGGAGUCUUGCCUUGAUGGCGAUGAAGGCGGCGUAUUUUGUUAAUCAUCCAAUAUCAUGUAAGAUUGUGCUCUCUUUGUACAUAUAUACACUCCUACAGC